AUGAGUCGCGCAGACAAGAGGCAGCACCGCGACCACGUGGUCGGCACGUCGAGGGAUGCGUCGGUGCGCCUCUACGCAUUUGCCACUACGAGGCCGAGAUAUCAGGUGGUUUUUUCCCCCGAAAGGCCCGUCAUUGUGCUCAAGACGAGGAAAGGGUCGGCGCAUCAGCACCCCUGCAGUCAGUGGGCCCCGCUUGCCUCCCUUUUGUUCUCCCAACGCCCCAGCACGACACAUGCCAUGUACGUUGUUGACACCACGGCGCUGCCUGAAGCGAUGGAGAAGGAAGAGCGCGCCACGCCAAAUGUUGGCCCCGUCAUCAAGCGUCUCUCGAAUGUGAUGGCCAAACUUAAUGCACAUGAGGCCACAAUGGUCGCCGCGGGCGUGUCCGCUCCUCUUGCCUUCAAGUACGUCAUUAUGGGGGAGAAGACGCUGGGUCACACCGAUCGUCUUGUGCGUCGUCUCAUUAUUCUUUGUCCCGCGUCCAUCCGGCCAUUUCAACAGAUUGCGAGGGAUGCAGGCAAGAGAGCUUCUGGGGUGGAGUACCCAAAGCCUCAACUGGUGGUGCUGCUCUCGGAUGAAUCCCAAGCGCGGGAAUGGCGGGAAUGGCUUCAGGAUUCCAUUGCGAACACGACCAGUGGCGUGUCCUUUUUGCUUGAAUCGUGGUCUCUUUCAACAAAUGUAAAGCCCUCUUUUUUUGAGUCUGUGGCGAGGGAGAGCGGCAGCGUCGCGGAUGGCACGACGGUGAACUUGGAGACACAUUUCAGCACGCCACACGUCUUUCGCAUUGACUUUGUGCUCAGCAGGGAGAGCAAGAAGACCGAGCAACGGGUUACGCCCAGCCCACUGACCACCACAGGAUGCGAUGACGACGCUGGGGAUGGCGGCUUGGAGGCGGAUGAGGCGGAAGGUGAGAGGAGUCUAAGCGAGGGAUCGUCCUUAGAAGAAUGCGACUGCUGCGCGGAAAGCAGCAGCGUGCUCGGCAUCACAAAUCUGCAACACUGCAGACAACCAACGCGGGUGAUUUUGGAGGGUCGCAUCAUGGACGCUGGGGCAUGUAUUCUGGGCACUACACAGGGUCGAGUGAGGAUGCAUCAUCUUGAUGAGGCCGCGAAGUCUAGCGCCCUCGGAGCAAAUGGAUUGAAGCUAAAGAAGGGAUUGGCAGUUCGUGUGGAGUCCAGCCUGGAACGUGAUGAAAUCGGAAGGACAACACUGAAGGCGUUGAGGCUGACACCCCUCACGAGGAUGCAAGAAAAACGUUCCAUGACGGUUUGCUCGAUGGCGGAGGUUCCAACCUACAACGUUUCGACCAUCGCCCAUGCAUACGGAGCGCUUCUUGUUCGAGGGCGGAAGUGUGUGCUUGUGCGUGGUUUCUCUGGAGAGUUUGAUGGAAUGCGGCUGCCAUAUCUUUUACACGACGAUGCGCAGGAAUCAGCCAUGGAUUGUGCAGUGCGGGCAUUAUGCGAACGUUGUGAUAUUAGUCCCGAUAAUUUUUACAUCCCAAGCUGCAUCUCGCCCGUAUGUUACUACGAUCGUGUCGGUACUGACGGGGUGUGCGUGUGCGUGACGAUGCACAUUGCGUUGGCUGUUAGCGCACCAUCCGGUGCUGCCAGGGAUGCCAUGGAGGAAGAUGAGUCUCCAGAGGAGCCUUACGACUGGUUCGGGUACGCCAAGGCAAUGCGAAUUCUAAGAACCGAGAAAGAGAGAGAGGCACUUCAGGAACUGCAGCGCUGCCUGCGUCGAGCGUAUGAUGCUGGAGUGUACGUGCCUUUAAAGGGAUUUGGCGUGUUUGGUGACGACGUGGUAGACGCGACAGAUUCCUCUAAACUGCCAACGUCCAAUUUAUUAGCGGGACUGGAGCUGAUGGUUGUUUGUGCCCCGGGGGAUAGGGAGGGAAGCAUCAUGCAACUUGCAAGCGAAAUUAUUACUGAAUGUGUUGUGCGCGUCACGGAGCCAACCUCGCGGGAGGAGAUUGAAGAGGCCGCAAUUGCUACCCGGCGUGCAGGCGCAGAUAAUCUUGUUCUGUGUCUUUCCUGCGAUCUUGACGUCAAUACCUUCUCCGAGGAGGAGCUGACGUACUGGGCAGGGAGAGGCGCACGACCGCGAAUGAUGACAGUUUUACUUCCAGGCGUAAGCGAGAUGAUCCUUCAGCAACGGGAUGAGGCUGCCGCGGCUGUGUUUGUGCAUAGUGUAAUUUUAUCGGACGUACUUUUGACGGUUGAGAGCGACAUGGAGCGACUCUCCCCUGCAACAUGGGGAUUACUGCAUCUUGCAAACCGGCUAAACAGCGAUCUAGCGCUUUACUGUGGUCUUACUGCACGUCGACCCAUCAACUUUCCGUCGCCGUUGAUGACUUCUGCUGCGAGUGUUUCGAAUUUGUCCGAGGAGUCACUUCACGAAAUCACCAUUCGGCGCAUGGGUCGGCCUCUUAUAGCGGCUCGUCUUGCACCGCUGCUUGAGUCAGGCGGACUGCGGGGCUGUUGUCGAGACGCUACAAUUUUAUGGGCAAAGGGGGAUGUAUGGCUGAGAAGUCGUCCCCAUGCAAGAGGCAGCCUGACACUUGACGCCCGCUCCUGCUGCUUUGCGCUGGAAGAAGGCGAUCCCUGGCAGGAAAACGAGGACUCGACGACGCGAGAGAAUGUGAUUGUCCUGCACGUAUGGGCAACAAAUGCGGCAGUCAAGGAGUUGGAAUGUGUGAUGGGGGACAUGUUGAACGGCAUGCUUUGCGGCACCUCGCCGCCCGGGUCGGAGGCUGCCAGCGAGGAUGGUCUCCCUCCAUGGGACUGA